CCAUGACGUUGAUCUCUCUGGUGCAGAUCUGGCGGGAGGCUGGGGCUGGGGCUGAUCCCAGCGGCCAUGUUCUCCCUGCCAUCCCUCCCCUCCUGGCUCCCCAGCCUCCCCUCCCUCCAGUGGGGAUCCGGCCUCCUCGACUCUGUCCUUCAAGGCCUCAUCGGGGCCAGUGGAGUCUCGGUCCUGAACAGCCUCCUGAAGGUCUACUUCUUUGUGAACUGUGCCAACAACCCCGAGCGGCGGCUGGAGAAGCAGCGGCUGCAGGCCCAGUGGGCCUCCCUGGAGACCGUGCACCUAGCCGGGCUGGCCUUGAUCCUGACCGUCCUGGGGGCCCGGGUGGCUGCCCUGGUGGUUCUUGAGUUCUCCCUCCGAGCUCUGUCCACACUGCUCUCCCUGGGCCAGGGCUCUGAGAGGGAGAGGCUGCAGCUGUACCUCGUAAGCCAGUACUCCCUGGGCUGUGGGCUGACCUGCGGCCUGAGCUUCCUGCAGGAGGGUGCCCCUCACCGCACCUUGAACUUGCUGCUGGGCCUCUGGCUGGCCACCCUGCUGAGCACGGGUGCCAGGCGCCUCUGCCGCCACACCUGCCAGCUGUAUGAGCUACACAGCAGCCAGCACUACUGCGGGGUCUGCCUGGGCCUGCUGGCCAGCGCUCACGGCCUCCCCAGGCUGCUGGCCCGCGCCCUGGCUGUGGCCUUUGCUGUGGGUGACCUGGCGGCUGUGGCCCUCAUCAACCGGGACUUCCCGACCACCUCGGAUGCCGUGCGCUUCUGGACGCCGCUCGUCAUCUGCUACGCCCUGCUGGUCAUCUACAUGCAGGAAGAGCAACGGCAGCACCCCGGCCUGCAGAAUCACGCCCAGACCUUGCUGGUGCGCAUGGGCGGCCUCUUUGUGCUGCUGCUGACCGUGGGCAGCUGGCUGGACCUCCUGGGAGUCGUCCUGUCCCUGCUGGGCGAGCUCUGGUGCCUGGCAAGCAGCCGCACUCUGCUGGACCUUUGCCAGGAUUUUCCAUCCCAGAGGCCGACAGUGUCUGCUGCAAGGGAGUCCCAGCCCCAGCCCUCAGCAGCCACCCAGCCCCGGGGCCCAGUCCCCUCCUGACUGGCCUUAGCCAGGACUCGGAGUCUGUCUUAGGCCCACCCGGGCUCUUCUGGAGGCCUUGACCCCAGGGCACUGCCCGGAGGCAGAGGGGACAGGGCUGGCCCCCACCUGGAGCUUGAGCUGGGCGCUGGGGGCUCCUGGCAGGGAGGGUUUGGGGCUAGGGACCUCCGAAGGGGGGCACCAGAGGCCAGUGGGUGAAGCCCCGUUUUUCUCAGGAUGGACAAUGGGUAUAACCCCCUCAGACCCUCCUUCCCCAGGGGGUUUGGGGCAUGAGGGAGAAUUGCGUCCUCAGAAUGGCCCC